AUGGUAGACGUCGACAUUGACCCGCACCGACCUCGUCGCGUCCUCGCGGUCGCCGUCUUUUGCCUCUGCCUCACCUGGGUCGCAGUGCCACUGCGCAUCUACUCGAGGCUCUUUCUGACACGGGUUUUUACUCUCGAUGACAAGCUCAUAUGCCUGGUCCUGAUCACAUUCACCGCAUACCUUCUUACGGAUAUCGCGGCAGUCUUGCACGGGUCUGGACACGAUGCUGUAGAAAUUCCGCCAGAGGAUAGAAGGAUAGCUCUUCAGCUCUUCUUCGCUGGCGAACUCCUGUACCUGAUCACCACAAUCCUCUUGAAAGUCUGCGUUGGCCUACUGUUGCUUAGCAUUGCUAUUGUUCCCCUCCAUAUCUGGACGCUUCGAAUACUCCUCUGUUCGACAUUCCUAUUCGGGUCACUGUACUUCAUUCUGGUUAUCUUCCAGUGCAGACCGCUUCACGUAUUCUGGGACGUGGGCCCCCGGACACCAGGCAGCUGCUUCUCAACCAGUGUCGUACUUGGAUGCACCUACACCCUCGCCAUAUUGAACUGUCUUGCAGACUGGACUUUUGGCAUUCUGCCGUUGUUGAUUGUCUGGUCCCUGCAUAUGCGCCUGAAGACGAAGCUACUAGUCAUUCUGCUGCUAGGUUUCGCGUCCAUGUAA